CACACCCUCCACAUUCAAUCACACACACAUGCCCCUAUCUUCCAUAGCUACCUAGAUUAUUCACUCCCUCCCUAACAAGCCACACCGUUUCUUGCUCCAAUGGCAGCUUUGGAUCUCACAAUAAGCAUGUUGGCACUCAUAGUUGUUGUUGUUUCUCUUGGCUUGUGGGGUGGUGUUCAAGGUGCGCCACAAGUUCCAUGCUACUUCAUUUUUGGUGAUUCUUUGGUUGAUAAUGGGAACAACAACCAGCUCCAAUCUUUGGCUAGGGCUGAUUACUUGCCUUAUGGGAUUGACUUCCCUGGUGGACCUUCUGGAAGGUUUUCCAAUGGAAAAACCACUGUUGAUGCAAUUGCUGAACUUUUGGGAUUCGAUGAUUACAUACCUCCAUAUGCUGAUGCUAGUGGCGAUGCUAUCCUCAAAGGAGUCAAUUAUGCUUCUGCUGCUGCUGGAAUUAGAGAGGAAACUGGGCAGCAACUGGGAGGGCGCAUUAGUUUUAGGGGACAAGUGCAAAAUUACCAAAACACAGUGUCUCAAGUGGUAAAUUUACUGGGAAAUGAGGACUCAGCUGCAAAUUACUUGAGCAAGUGCAUAUACUCAAUUGGGUUGGGUAGCAAUGAUUACCUCAACAACUACUUCAUGCCUCAAUUCUAUUCCAGCAGCAGGCAGUACUCAACAGAUGAGUAUGCUGAUGUUCUUAUUCAAGCAUAUACUGAACAACUAAAAACUUUGUACAAUUAUGGAGCAAGGAAAAUGGUGCUGUUUGGAAUUGGCCAAAUAGGUUGCAGCCCAAAUGAAUUGGCCCAAAACAGCCCAGAUGGUAAAACAUGUGUGGAAAUAAUUAACACUGCAAACCAAAUAUUCAACAACAAACUGAAAGGUCUCACUGACCAAUUCAACAACCAGCUGCCUGAUGCAAAAGUCAUCUACAUUAACUCGUAUGGCAUCUUUCAAGAUAUUAUAAGCAACCCUUCAGCCUAUGGUUUCAGUGUUACAAAUGCUGGGUGCUGUGGGGUAGGAAGGAACAAUGGUCAAAUUACAUGUCUUCCAAUGCAAACACCAUGCCAAAACAGGAGAGAGUACUUGUUUUGGGAUGCUUUUCAUCCUACUGAAGCUGGCAAUGUUGUUGUGGCUCAGAGAGCUUACAGUGCUCAAUCUGCAUCAGAUGCUUACCCUGUUGAUAUCCAACGCUUAGCUCAGAUCUGAUCUCUGAACAAUGAACAUGGUCUAGAGGGUAGUGGCUAUUAAGCUAGUAUGCCACAACCACAUUUAAUGUUCUUGGAAUGUGUUACAUCUUUUAAGGCAUAAGAGUCUUAAUUAAGUUUUCUCUCUUUUUCUUACAUAUUCAAAUAUGCUAAAUGUUCAUGGUUUCACUAGUACACAUGUAAUUUGUGGAAAAGUUUUGGAAGAUUGCUUAUUUAAUUAUAGUGAAUAAUAGUAGUAUGCCGUUGGCUGAUCGA